GGCUUGAGGGGCGUGAGGGACCGGGCAGGGCUGAGCAGGGCUCGGGAGGCUUGAGAGGGACGGGCAGGGCUGAGGGUGGGAGGGCGCCGGCCAGGACUUGAGGAGCGUGAGGGAGCCGGGCAGGGUCGAGGAUGUGAAGGGGCCGGGCCGUUCUGAAGGUGUGAAGGGGCCGAGCGCGGCUCCUGCGCCUUUGUGGCGCUGUCCCCGCCGCUCGUUUUGUCGCGCUGUGUCGCAGCGUGGUGGCGGAGCAGCUCAUCCUGCUGCUCUUCUUAUCCAGACAAGGCUCCGUCCUGCGGGCUCUGCCGCCGCCUCCCUGCCGAGAUCCGGCUGCCUUGGGGUCACUGCUGCCAGCUGUCAUUAGUCUUUAAUGAAUUAAGAGUUCUCUAAGAUUAGACACAAGGGUGGUUUUUUUUGUUUGUUUUUGUUUUUGUUUUUGGUUUUUUUUCUGUAGGCUCUGAGUGCAGAGCGCUGUGGGAAUUGCCGGUGAAAGAUCCUUUUUAUUCUUGACCAAGGUGGCUGUGGCUCCCGGGGGAGAGACCCCCUCAGCUCUACAAAAGCCUUGACGUGCCUGUCCCAGGCUGGCUUCAGGCAUCAGAGAAAGGAGAACACUAUAUUAUUUUGGCUGAAGUACUCAGCUUCAAGACUUCACUUUGUUCCUCACAGCUUGGAGGGAUAUGAAGCCAAUUGGAAAAGUGCUUUGUGCUACAGGGGUUGUAGCUGGGCUCAUAGCUUUCUUCUGGAAAGACGACUUUAACCCAGCUUCUCAGAAGGUGAAAAACAACUUCGUUCUUGAAAGAUUUUGGUCUAGCAACCCAGGCUAGGCCCUGUGACACAGCUAGCUGCCAUCGUCAUGUCAUUGCAUCACCUGCUUCUAGUUUUGGAGAAGCACCAGGAAUUUUGAGCACUCAGAGAGCCUGUCUGGUGCCCGUGUUCUCGUGACUGGAGCCAGUGCUGGGAUUGGAGAGCAGAUAGCAUAUCACUAUGCCAGAUUUGGUGCUGAAAUUGUGUUGACUGCCAGAAGGGAAGCAGUGCUGCAGAAGGUGAUGGAGAAAUGCCUGACACUCGGAGCAAAGAAAAUAUUUUAUAUCCCUGCAGAUAUGUCUUCCCCUUCAGAGCCUGAAAAGGUGGUUCACUUUGCUCUCCAAAAGCUGGGGGGCCUGGAUUACCUCGUGUUGAACCACAUCGGCACCAACCGCUUCCAGGAGUGGGCAGGAGAUGUGGAAUACACCCGCUGGCUCAUGCAGGUGAAUUUUUUGAGUUAUGUGGCCCUUGCAACAGCAGCUCUUCCCACCCUGGAGAAGAACAGAGGUGCUCUGGUGGUUGUUUCUUCCCUCACAGGGAAAAUGCCCACUCCCUUCACCACUUCUUACUCUGCCACCAAGUUUGCCCUGGAUGGAUUCUUCAGCUCACUGCGCCACGAGCUCAUCAUGCAGAAGAGAGAUGUGUCAGUCACACUGUGCAUCCUGGGCCUCAUUGACACUGAGUCAGCACUGGAGUACACCAGGGGCAAAGUGCACCUCAGCGCCUCCCCCGCUCCCGAGGCCGCGCUCGCCAUCGUCCGGGGCGGAGCCGCUCGGGCACACGAGAUCUUCUACCCGCGGUGGCUGCAGCAGCUCUGCUGCCUCUGGGCUCUGUUCCCCAGCAGCGGGAACCAGGUGCUACGGACUUUCUAUAACUACAGCAGUCCCUGAGGGCUGCCCGGGCUCAUCCUAUAGCCCUUCUAGUCACAUUCCUGCCAUCCCACUAAGCAUCCCACUCGACCACUGCUGUCAAAGUCCCAUUUUCCUAACAUGACUCAUGGCCUGUCAUCAUGCUUCAGCCAUGGUUCUGCUGCUGUUACCCAUCAGUCAGAGAUCUUUCCCACUGUUCACUCUGCCUUAGCCCUCCUCCCAUCUCCCCUCCUUCAGUCUGCUUUGACUGCAUCCAGCCUUUGCUCAGCCCCAGCUGUAACCCUGUCUGUCUGCACAGCAUGCCCUGGAAGGGCUGUACAUUCCUGGGACAUCCUUCCUCCACUACUUUUGGAUCCCAUGAACCCUCUUGCUUCCUCUAAGUAGAAUUUUUAUCUCUAUUUUAAUUAAACAAGUUUUUAAUGUG